GUAACGGGGCACUAGCUGUGGAAAAAUAGUAGAGAGCGGACGUGAACGGAAAAGCAAAAAUAAGAAGCAAGUUUUUGAACAUCAAAAAGUUUUUUUUAUUCAAAAAGUGCAGAACAAUACAAUUUUGAGAACGAAAUUUGGUUUUUCUUGUGCGAAAAAGGUUAAUAAGCCAACAUGCAAAUUUUCGUGAAAACCCUGACUGGCAAGACCAUCACUUUGGAGGUUGAGCCUUCCGAUACCAUCGAGAAUGUUAAGGCCAAGAUCCAGGACAAGGAGGGCAUUCCCCCAGACCAGCAGCGUCUGAUCUUCGCCGGAAAGCAGUUGGAGGAUGGACGCACUUUGUCCGACUACAACAUCCAGAAGGAGUCCACCCUCCACUUGGUGCUCCGUCUCCGUGGAGGUAUGCAGAUCUUCGUGAAGACCCUGACUGGCAAGACCAUCACCCUUGAGGUCGAGCCAUCCGAUACCAUCGAGAACGUGAAGGCCAAGAUCCAGGACAAGGAGGGCAUUCCCCCAGACCAGCAGCGUCUGAUCUUCGCUGGCAAGCAGUUGGAGGAUGGACGCACCCUGUCGGACUACAACAUCCAGAAGGAGUCCACCCUCCACUUGGUGCUUCGUCUCCGCGGUGGCAUGCAGAUCUUCGUGAAGACCCUGACUGGCAAGACCAUCACCCUUGAGGUUGAGCCAUCCGAUACCAUCGAGAACGUGAAGGCCAAGAUCCAGGACAAGGAGGGCAUUCCCCCAGACCAGCAGCGUCUGAUCUUCGCUGGCAAGCAGUUGGAGGAUGGACGCACCCUGUCGGACUACAACAUCCAGAAGGAGUCCACCCUUCACUUGGUGCUCCGUCUCCGUGGAGGUAUGCAGAUCUUCGUGAAGACCCUGACUGGCAAGACCAUCACUUUGGAGGUUGAGCCUUCCGAUACCAUCGAGAAUGUUAAGGCCAAGAUCCAGGACAAGGAGGGCAUUCCCCCAGACCAGCAGCGUCUGAUCUUCGCCGGAAAGCAGUUGGAGGAUGGACGCACUUUGUCCGACUACAACAUCCAGAAGGAGUCCACCCUCCACUUGGUGCUCCGUCUCCGUGGAGGUAUGCAGAUCUUCGUGAAGACCCUGACUGGCAAGACCAUCACCCUUGAGGUCGAGCCAUCCGAUACCAUCGAGAACGUGAAGGCCAAGAUCCAGGACAAGGAGGGCAUUCCCCCAGACCAGCAGCGUUUGAUCUUCGCCGGAAAGCAGUUGGAGGAUGGACGCACCUUGUCCGACUACAACAUCCAGAAGGAGUCCACUCUCCACUUGGUGCUCCGUCUCCGUGGAGGUAUGCAGAUCUUCGUGAAGACCCUGACUGGCAAGACCAUCACCCUUGAGGUCGAGCCAUCCGAUACCAUCGAGAACGUGAAGGCCAAGAUCCAGGACAAGGAGGGCAUUCCCCCAGACCAGCAGCGUUUGAUCUUCGCCGGAAAGCAGUUGGAGGACGGACGCACCUUGUCCGACUACAACAUCCAGAAGGAGUCCACCCUCCACUUGGUGCUCCGUCUCCGUGGAGGUAUGCAGAUCUUCGUGAAGACCCUGACUGGCAAGACCAUCACUUUGGAGGUUGAGCCAUCCGAUACCAUCGAGAACGUGAAGGCCAAGAUCCAGGACAAGGAGGGCAUUCCCCCAGACCAGCAGCGUUUGAUCUUCGCCGGAAAGCAGUUGGAGGAUGGACGCACCCUGUCGGACUACAACAUCCAGAAGGAGUCCACCCUCCACUUGGUGCUUCGUCUCCGUGGAGGUAUGCAGAUCUUCGUGAAGACCCUGACUGGCAAGACCAUCACUUUGGAGGUUGAGCCUUCCGAUACCAUCGAGAACGUGAAGGCCAAGAUCCAGGACAAGGAGGGCAUUCCCCCAGACCAGCAGCGUUUGAUCUUCGCCGGAAAGCAGUUGGAGGACGGACGCACUUUGUCCGACUACAAUAUCCAGAAGGAGUCUACUUUGCAUUUGGUCCUGCGUCUGCGUGGUGGCGCUCUCUAGAUUUUCUCACCAUUAUUAUUAUCUCAUAAAUAUGAUCUUGCCAAGGCAUAACACAAGUAUUCAUGCAAAAUUUUAGUUAAUCAGCUUUGAAAAGAGGCAUUCAGUAUAAUCUCAACAUA